GCACAGCCAUAGAGCUUUGUUAUUCUCUUACAGAUUGCAGAAGAAAAGUGUAAACAUCCUUCGAGCUGUAUUUUAUUAAAUAAAUGUUUGUUUAUUUACUGUUUAUUUGUGGAUGACAGACGUUUUCACAAUAGUCGGGCUUUGUGUAUUACAGUAAUAGAUUUCGCGGAGAACGUGUUUACGGUUUUUUUUCUGAAUACAAGACUCGAUCGUCCUGGAGCAGGCAUGCAUGAUAGGUGAUAUUUUGUAAACGAGACGCUGCUCUUUUAGUUAAAGGUUGUUCCGUGUAUUUUGGUAACUUCGCUAUGACCACUCUGACGAGGCAGGAUCUUAAUUUUGGCCAAGUUGUGGCUGACAUUCUGUGUGAGUUUUUGGAAGUGGCCAUUCACCUCAUCCUAUACGUCAGAGAGAUUUAUCCAUCUGGCAUUUUUCAGAAAAGGAAGAAAUACAACGUGCCUGUGCAGAUGUCAUGUCAUCCUGAGUUAAAUCAGUACAUUCAAGACACGCUCCACUGUGUCAAGCCACUGAUAGAGAAGAACGAGGCUGAGAAGGUUGUAGUUGUGAUUAUGGAUAAAGAGCACCAUCCAGUGGAGAGAUUUGUGUUUGAGAUCUCACAGCCUCCACUUCUGUCCAUCAACUCGGAGACUCUGCUGUCUCACGUGGAGCAGCUGCUGAGAGCUAUGAUCCUGAAAAUCAGUGUGUGUGACGCUGUUCUAGACAACAAUCCUGCAGGAUGCACAUUCACAGUAUUGGUGCACACGAGGGAAGCUGCCACAAGGAACAUGGAAAAAGUUCAGGUCAUCAAGGAUUUUCCAUGGAUCGUAGCAGACGAGCAGGAAGUUCACAUGGAAGAGGCAAAGCUCAUUCCUCUCAAAACGAUGACUUCUGAUAUUCUCAAGAUGCAGCUGUAUGUAGAAGAAAGAACACAGAAAACUUGAUGCCCUGCAAACACAUCUACAGGUGUUUACAACAGGAAGCACCUUUUUUCUUUUUCUUUUUUUAAUUUAAUAACAAACUUAAGUUGCAUUAGGAUAACAUAGUAGAAGCAUAUUAUACUGGAUCUUGCAUUUUAUUAAGUAGAACUAUUAGUAUAUCCAUAUCUUUUACUUUUAUUUUUUUAUUGCAUUUUUGCUUAUUCUGAAAUUGCCCUGUUUGAUAAAAAAAAUACAGUUUUGUGAUCUUUCACUGCUCUACCUCCGUCUUGCCUCCAGAAACGUUUACAAAAUGAGAUGUGGGAGUAUUGUCUGUUCAUUAUAAUGAAUGCAUCAACUGACGCUAUCGAACUGAACCUCAUUUUUAAUCUUUGCCCUAAUAAAGUCAAAGAAAAUCUGAA